AUGCGAGCUGCAGACCCGCGGGAAGCAGCAGCAGCCGACACAAAGAGUCCUGCUAUUUCUGUAAGCAAGUUUGAGGCCGGCAGUUUGAGUCCAGACAAGGCCCUCUUCUUGCCAUCAGAUUGUGCCUCUGGCAAGGUCUCACCUGACGUCCUCGCAAAUAUUUCGGGGACUCGCAGCAACGCACGAUCACCACCGUUGCCUAAUGAAGACGUCUGUGGUUUGGCCAUCCCAAAUGAUGACGCAUCUCACAAUGAAGUAGAACGGGCUGUCGGAGACUCAGUCGCUCUUCCCCAGGAAGGCAGAUGCCUCUCCAGAUCAUGCCAGAAACUGUGCACAUGUCGAAAAGGAAGUGGUAACAAAACGGACGAUGAACGUAAUGAACCACCGAAACUAAGGAAGGAUAUUUUGUGUCUCGAUGGCUUAGAGCUCGUAUUCAACCCAGGAGACUGCGUUGCCUUGAUGGGCAGCAGCGGAGCAGGCAAGUCAACGCUUCUGAACUGCUUAAGCGGCAGGGUUUCGACGGGCCUUGGGGGAGAAGUUGAAAUGAACGGCAUCCCUUGCACGCCUCAGCUGUGCAAAGAGCUAAGCUGUUUCAUUCAGCAAGAAGAUAUCAUUUUUGGAUACCUCACUGUGGAGGAACAUCUGUUCUUCCAGGCAUGCCUCCGUCUGCCGAAAGGAACAACAAUGAGCGAAGCAAAACGCACUACAGAUUGCUUGUUGGAGUGCUUUGGUUUAGCACACAUAUCGAAGUCAAUUUCCGGAGGGGAGAAAAAACGGCUAUGCAUAGCCAGCGAGCUCUUGAGCAACCCAUCAGUUAUUUUUGCCGACGAGCCAACAAGUGGUUUGGACUCCUUUAUGGCGAAGGCCGUCUGCGACCAGUUGGCGACUCUCGCGGCAGCUGGUUGCACUGUUGUGUGUACUAUCCACCAGCCUAGCAGCUCGUGCUUUUCUUUGUUCAACAAGGUACUCUUGCUAGGGGAAGGGCGCGUUUUAUACUACGGAGAUCGCAUGGCUGCGGUUUCUUGGCUAGAACACUUGGGCUGCAAACCUUGCGGGGUCGAUGCAAACAUUGCGGAGUUCAUCCUUAAGGCCACAUCUCUUCAUCAUCUCGAUGCACAAUCGAAGACUUCUCGCUUACAGCAGUGGGCUGAGGCCUGGAAACUUGAGGGUCAAGCAUUCCUUAGGAAUUGGGUUCCUCUCAUUGCAGCUGUUGUGUUAUGCACUGACAGGAAGAACAAGGAAGAGACGACUUUAAACAGCGGAGCUGCACGUUUUCUUCCAUUCUCGAGCCCGUGGUAA